GUAAUGUUAAUAUUCAGGAGGUUUCUGACGUAUCUCAUUAAUAUUACUCGUUUCGUCUCUUCUGACGUAUUUCCGCACGGACUGGGCAGACUUAGGGUUAUGUUAUUGUUGUUAUUGUAGGCAGAGUAGGUUUUAUUUUUUUUUCAUUUUUUGUCCUUGCCCCGCGUCCCCGAACGCAUUAGUGUGAAUGUCCCACUAUUCUGUGACAAUUAUCUGGAGGAUUCAAGGGUAUCGAUGCUGUGAUGGAUCCGCGGGUGGCAGAGUUUUUCGGUACCGGUUCCGGAUUGAUGGCGGGGCCGCAGGGACUAAAUUCGGGUUCGGGCAAUGGUUUGAGUUUGAUGUCAAUAAAAUCCUACGCAAAAAACAGCAAAAAAGUAAAAAACCGAGCAACCAGAAAUACGAAACCCAGCAACAACCCACCUUAUUUACCUCCUGAGGCUGAAGAAGGAAAUAUAGAGUACAAGUUGAAGCUGGUGAACCCCACACAGUACCGCUUUGAGCACCUGGUGACGCAGAUGAAGUGGCGGCUGCAGGAGGGCCGUGGGGAGGCGGUGUACCAGAUCGGGGUGGAGGACAAUGGCCUGCUGGUGGGCCUGUCUGAGGAGGACAUGAGAGCCUCGCUCAAGACGCUCCGCAGGAUGGCUGAGAAGGUUGGAGCUGACAUCACAGUCAUCAGAGAGAGAGAGGUAGACUAUGACUUGGACAUCCCAAGAAAAAUCGCAGAGGUUUUAGUGAGGAAAGUUCCAGACGACCAGCAGUUCCUGGACCUGCGGGUGGCAGUGCUGGGGAACGUGGACUCAGGCAAGUCUACCCUGCUGGGCGUGCUGACGCAGGGAGAGCUGGAUAACGGGCGGGGGCGGGCACGCCUCAACCUCUUCAGACACCUCCACGAGAUCCAGUCUGGCAGGACCUCCAGCAUCAGCUUUGAGAUCAUGGGCUUCAACAGCAAAGGGGAGGUGGUAAACUACAGCGAAUCACGGACAGCAGAGGAGAUCUGUGAGAGUGCCUCCAAGAUGAUCACCUUCAUCGACCUGGCUGGCCACCACAAGUACUUGAAAACAACCAUCUUCGGCCUGACCAGCUACUGCCCUGACUUUGCCAUGCUGGUAGUUGGUGCUAACACAGGCAUAGCUGGCACGACGCGAGAGCACCUGGGCCUGGCCAUGGCUCUGAAGGUCCCCAUCUUCAUAGUGGUCAGCAAGGUGGACCUGUGCACCAAGAGCACCAUCGAGCGCACGGUCAAGCAGCUGGAGAGGAUCCUAAAGCAGCCCGGCUGUAACAAGGUCCCCAUGCUGGUGGCCACUGCAGAUGAUGCCGUCACUGCCGCCCAGCAGUUUGCACAGUCCCCCAGUAUCACGCCGAUUUUCACACUGUCCAGCGUCUCGGGUGAAAACCUGCAUCUACUGAAGGUUUUCUUCAAUAUCAUCCCACCACUGAGCAACAGCAAGGAGCAGGAGGAGCUGAUGCAGCAGCUGACAGAGUUCCAGGUUGAUGAAAUCUACACAGUACCUGAAGUUGGAACAGUUGUUGGGGGAACUCUCUACAGUGGUAUCUGCCGGGAAGGCGAGCGGCUGGUGGUAGGUCCCACUGAUGACGGGAACUUCCUGGAGCUGAAGGUGUGCAGCAUCCAGAGGAACCGCUCAGCCUGCAGGGUCCUCCGGGCCGGCCAGGCAGCCACGCUGGCACUGGGCAACUUCGACAGGUCCCUGCUGCGCAAGGGCAUGGUGAUGGUGAGUCCUGAGAUGAACCCCACGAUAUGCUGGAUGUUCGAAGCGGAGAUCGUGCUGCUGUUCCACGCCAAGACUGUCAGAAAGGGCUUCCAGGUCACUGUCCACGUGGGCAACGUCCGACAGACUGCCAUUGUUGAGUGCUUACAUGGAAAGGAUGAGCUGCGGACAGGGGAGAAGGCUGUAGUGUGUUUUAAGUUCAUAAAGCACCCGGAGUACUUGAAAAUCGGCGCCAAAUUACUCUUCCGAGAGGGAGUAACGAAAGGGAUCGGACACGUUGCCAGCCUGCACCCUCUCUUUAUGGACCAAUACAACUAGGAAGUGCAGAGAAGAGAGAGAAUUGAAAAAGGGACAUACAAGCUCCACCGGACCUCAUCAAUACCGCAGCCCUGAGCAGGUAGCCCUUUAAACCACGUUUAAACAACAGCCACAGAGUGGAGGAUGAAGGAUGAUACUAUUUUGCACAGCCCUGUAUUUUAGCCUACCGAGUGUCAUGCCAGUGCAGUCCUUCCAUUAACUUGCUCAUUGUUCAACACGGGGCACUUUAAUAAUGCCAGUUUCCAAAUGUUUUAAUCAUUUUUAGCCUAUUCAUUUGAGUUAGGGUUGUGCGUUAAAACUGGUUUUAUGUUUUGUAUGAACUUAAACUUUCUGUCUCAUUCUCUUUUUGAGAUUUUGACUUUUUAAAAUGUUAUUUCUAUUGAGAUUUUGUCAAGCAGUCUACAAAGUGUCGAGGUGCUGCAACAAGCAUCUCCUACAGCGAUCCAGAGCAAUACAGAACCCAGAAUGCUGAAUACCUAUUACUCUGGUAACAACCCUGAGCUUGCUCAAAACCUCCUGGCAAUGCAGAUUGAAAUAAGGGUUUUACUACAAAAAACAAGCAAACGUAUUAACAAUGUUACUGAAAAGAAGAAAAAGAAACAGUGCAAACUCAGAUAAGAAGCACUACAAAUUCUCAUGUUACUAUAUAUAUAUAUAUAUAUAUAUAUAUAUAUAUAUAUAUAUAUAUAUAUAUAUAUAUAUAUAUAUAAUGCACUUUGGCAAUGGAAAUCGGUAUUAUUGGAAACUAUUGUGAAGUGUUGACAUUUUAAUUUUUAAAGCAAUUUAGGAAGAUUAACCCAGUUUUUCACAGUGUCCAGUCAAGAAGGAAAGAUAUCAGACGUGCUAAACAGAUAGUGAGAAGUUAUAUAUAUAUAUAUAUAUAUAUAUAUAUAAUCAGGGCUGUCACUCGAUUAAAAUUUUUGAUUGGUUAUUUUUUGGGCAUUAGUUGAUUAAUCGGUAGAUUCAUCCCUGCACAUUUUUAAUAAAGGUAACGAUCUUAUAGUGGCUGUCCUGCAUAUUAAUACAUAAAAAAAAUCAGUAGACUCUAAAAUAACAUAAGACAAUGGGAAUUUGGUCAUUUUAAAAGCGUUUUUAUUUCAGUAAAUGUAGCACAUUUUCACAGAACAACAUCAAUCCAUGAAAGAGUUUAAUAGCAAAAUAUAAUGCACAAAAACUGAAUUGAUUUUUUUUUUUUGUACAAAUCAAAUUUGUGUGUGUAUAUAUAUAUAUAUAUAUAUAUAUAUAUAUAUAUAUAUAUAUAUAUAUCUGAAUGCAGUUUUGUUAAAUUCUCAUGGGAAAUAAGCUCAGCCAAAUAGCAGCUUUUUAGACCUGACUGUCUGCUGAGUUAAAAUAUUGAUUCAUUUGUAUGUACUUAUGUCCACAGUCCAAAUUCUGAGAUGUUACUAGCAGCUGAAGGAUUCAUUGCACUGAGUUGCUUCGUUUUUUUUUGUUCAUUUCCAUUGUUUCAGUAUGACUGCCAAUGUUCUACACAGGAGAUAUUGUUCAUUUCACUGUUGGUCAAUGUGGUGAAAGGGGUAAAAAUAUAACCGGAGGGAGAGUUACAUUUCAAAAGGUGCUAUUCCUUGAAAAAACCUUUUUGUAUACUUUCUGGACGUUUUCAACAAUGCAGAGGAGAACAGCAUCAAUUCAGCACGACCUCCUCUCUUUUUUAAGCUGUUAGGUGACUGCUAUAUUCAGCAACAUUAAUUAUGACUGACCGUUCUCUCUUUUUGAAAACAAUGAGAAUGCAGGCAAGAAGUGUAUUUAUAGUUUUAUGCUUAAACUGUUGAUUUUAUAUGUGUGUUUCCUGUGCAGUUACAGAAAAAUGCACAACUGAACAAUGUAGAACCAGUUUAAAAAAAAAAUAAAAAUAAUGUAAUCAUAUUUCAUGUUCAACUAUUUGAAAAUACCUGUUUUGUGUUUUGCAAGUAGCUAUUGAUUUUAUAAAUUCUAGUCGUGUAGUAGACCCCCUGAGACUCAGCAGAGUUCACUGCAGGCUGAGUUUCACUGAUGGGAAAAAAAAAAAAAAAAAAAAGAUAGCUGACAGGGGGAACUCGGCUAACUAUAUAAUAUUUUAAACUCUGCGUUUGGGUGGAGUAUCGCAUGUUUAUGUACAAAUCAAAUUUGUAUAUGUGGUGUACAUAAAUAAAAAUAAAAAAGACUUGGUUUUAAUAAGUUUUU